GUCUAUAUAACUUAGCUCUAAUAACUAAUCUCUGAUCUCUCCAUCUAUUCCUUUCAAUUUCCACUCUCCCUAUUGUUUUGCAAAAACAUCCAUCCCAACAAAACAAAAUACUAAAGAUUUUGCAUAAGGGUUUUGUUUUAUAAUUUCUUAAGAAAAGAAAAUGCCCGCCGGUGGAUUCGUGGUCGGAGAUGGCUCAAGGGCUUACCCCGGCAAACUCACUCCCUUUGUUCUCUUCACUUGUGUUGUAGCUGCCAUGGGUGGUCUCAUCUUUGGAUAUGAUAUCGGAAUCUCCGGUGGUGUGACGUCGAUGCCGUCGUUUCUCAGGAGAUUUUUUCCGUCGGUGUACCGGAAACAGCAAGAGGAGGCGACAUCAAAUCAGUAUUGUCAAUACGAUAGCCCGACGCUUACGCUAUUCACUUCGUCGCUGUACCUAGCGGCGUUGAUCUCGUCGCUGGUGGCUUCCACCGUGACAAGAAGGUUCGGACGGCGGCUCUCGAUGCUAUUCGGGGGCAUACUCUUCUGCGCCGGAGCGUUGGUCAAUGGCUUCGCUAAACACGUUUGGAUGCUCAUUGUCGGUCGUAUCUUGCUCGGUUUUGGUAUCGGUUUCGCUAAUCAGGUCCGUAACUAUAAAUAAUUACGAGGAUUUAGUUUAUUACAACUAUAUAUACUAACCAUAUAAGUAUUUAAUUAUCUAAACUAAGAUAAAAACCCAACAACUUUUUGAAAAUAACUCUGUUACGUGUCGUUAUAAAGAAUUUAACGGAUAAAAACUUUAUGUUUAUAUAAUAUGACCGAUAUAAAUGUGCUUUGGUUUGUGAAAAAAAAAGUUAUGGACCAAGCCAACCACAUCCAUUGAACACAAUCAUGAAAUAGUUAGGUCAAGUUGACAUUAUU